UAAAUGAGUGGAAGAGUCACGUUCGGAAUAUUCCAGUUUUCUUAUAAAGUCUUAUAAAACUAGGGAAUGAAGCAGUGGAAACGUUUCUUUUAAAGUCAAUUCUUUCCAGCAAAAUGUUCAAAAUCGUCAGUUUGUUCCUUACAAUUCUACUCUUCGCAUGCAAUGUUUUCGGACAGACAGAGACUACCCUGCAUGAUUUGCUUAUACCGACUCUACCCCCUGUUACAUCAGCACAAAGCCCAACGCCACAACAUGAGACAACUGUUGUAGUACACGAAACUGAGCAUCCUACAACCACAACCGAAGCAGCUAACAAGCUACCAACUAACUUGAAGAAUAUCAAGGAAAUACUGGAAUUGAUUUUACCGCUCGAUGAUGUGCAUUUGGAAGUCGUUAAAGAAUUUCUUCCUGUAUCUGUUGAGCUCGCAAAACUAGCUGUGCAUUUUAUGUGAAUCCAAAAUAUUUAGAUAAGAAUUUUAAUGAUGCUUGUAAUUUUGGUGUUGUGGAUGAGUGAAAAAUAAAUUAUGAAAAGAA